AUGGACGAUCGUCUGACCCCCGGGUGGCGACACUGCGGUUCAUCUGCGCUCCGUCUCGAAGACGUCUUGGGAAAAGUAGCCGGAAGAUCCGCACCACCGGCAUUCUGCACGGACAUUGCGGGCAGUCCAUGGGAGUGUGGGACUCUGCAAGAUCUCAUCCGUGGGCUGCGCGCAAAUAAGAAAGAUGAGAGCAAGUUCAUCGCUCAGGCUGUAGACGAAAUCCGGCAGGAGAUGAAGAGCAGAGACAUGGAGAUCAAGGCGGCUGCGGUGUUGAAGCUGACAUACCUACAUAUGCUGGGGUACGACAUGAACUGGGCUUCUUUUCAUGUCGUGGAGGUCAUGUCUGCUCCUCGAAUACAUCUCAAGACGGUCGGAUAUCUGGCCGCCGCGCAAUCCUUCCAGCAGGACACCGACGUCAUCAUGCUUACUACCAAUCUCCUCAAGAAGGACCUCGGCUCGCGGCCAGACGAGGCUGCUGUGGCUCUCAAUGGCCUCUCGCACAUUGUCACGCCAGGACUGGCCCGCGACCUUUCUCCGGAAUUGAUCGCAAUGCUGAACCAUUCACGGCCGCACAUACGCAAGCGCGCCGUUCUCGCAAUGUACAAAGUGUUCACCCAGUACCCCGAGGUUCUGCCACAGAGCAUGAGUAGACUCAAGGACAAGCUUGAUGAUGAUGACCCAAGUGUUGUUGCUGCGACGGUCAACGUACUGUGCGAGCUGGCCCACCAAAAUCCUCAGGAUUAUCUGCCGUUGGCCCCUCAGUUAUUCCACCUAUUGACUACGACGUCGAACAAUUGGAUGUUGAUCAAAAUCAUCAAACUUUUUGGGACUCUAACUCCCUACGAGCGUCGCCUCGUAAAGAAGCUCCAGCCACCUAUCACCGACCUCAUCUCGACAACGUCAGCGAUCUCGUUGCUGUAUGAAUGUGUACGAACGUGUAUUAUCGGGGGCAUGUUGGAGGGUUCUGCAGGGAAUUCCUUGGCCCGAACAUGCGUAAGCAAGCUUGCGGGUUUCCUACAAGAUCCCGACCAAAAUCUAAAGUACAUUGCCCUGCUCGCCAUGGUCGAGAUCGUACCCACAUAUCCUGAAUUGGUCGCUGAAUAUCAAGACAUGAUCUUAUCCAGCGUAAAUGACGAAGACAUCAGCAUUCGGAUGGGCGCCCUCAAACUUGUCUCUGCUAUGGUCAGCAGACACAAUCUGCAGGACAUCUCACAACAGCUCCUCUCGCAUUUGGUCAAGUCAGAGAGCUCCACCCUGCCAUCGGCAUCGGAGGCACUCUCUCAAUUCGCCUCAAGCGCGGAUCCGGCGGCUUCCCGGCCUGCGAUGCUUCCAUCCCAAUCGCCGGUCUACCGGUUGACACUAGCUCAAAACCUCCUGUCCCUCGGCGCACAAAAUAUGUACGAGCACGUCACCGACUUCGAGUGGUAUGUUUCGGUACUUGUCGACCUGGCGUAUGUCGCGCGAGCGAACGUCGGUGCAGAGAUCCGCGAUCAACUGGUCGACAUCACCGGCCGCCUUCUCAGCGACGACACUUACCUGCACAAUGCCUCGGAAGUCGGCGGGUGUCCUGAAGUACUCUGGGCCGCAGCAUGGAUUUGUGGCGAAUACUGCGGCGAAUUGGCGGAGCCCCACAAACUAUUGACGCAUCUUCUGCAACCACGCAUAUCAUCACUGUCCCCUGACAUCAUCGCUGUCUACCUUCAGGCGUCCUUGAAGGUUUUCGGCUCCUGGGCAGCGGACAUCGCGGAUCGCUGGAACGACGACGACCUGCCGAGGGUCCGCAGCGCCGUCGACGACACCCUCGAGCGUCUGUCAGGUUUUGUGACCCAUGCGGAUAUCGAGGUGCAAGAACGGGCUGCAGAGCUCCUACAGCUCUUUACGUUUAUUCGCGCCGAUCUCGCCGCGUAUAAGCCGCAUGCGCGCGUGGACGGCGCCCUCGACCUCGGGGACGCGAGCACCGAGGGUUUCGGCGCUGCGCCCCCAGCGGGCUCCGAGCCGCGCUUCCCGAAGAGCUUGUACCUCAUCAAGCCUCUGUUCGGCGCGUUCGAGCUGAACGCGGUCGCCCCUGCGGCGCAGGCUAGCGUGCCGGUGCCCGAGGGGCUCGACCUCGACGCAUGGAUCGUACCACCGCCCGAGGAGCCUGUGACGCCGCCCGAAGGCGUGCCGGACGAGGGCGCGGAAGGGAAGAGGGGAAAGAAGGGCAAGAAGAAGGAUGGGACGGGGAAGACGAAGGGGAAGGGCAAAAGCAAAGGCAAAGCGUUGGAAGACGCUUACGACGAUACGGAGCCGGUCGCCGCGGUCGAGACGGCGGAGGAGCGUGCUGAGCGUGAACGGAGGAAAGCGGAGCGUCUGGAGCGUCUUCGGGACGAUCCAUACUAUUUGGUCGACGACCGUGCCCCGCCGACAAGGUUGGACUCCGGACCAAGUGCACAGGACAUCGACUCCAUCCCCGUGGUCCGUCUGGACGACCUACCGCCACUCGCACAGGGCACGGUGCCGGGCCCCCGGCUCGCCGCCCUGCGCGCGUCCCCAGCCCCCUCGCCGCAGAGUUUCGUCAUCGACCGCGCGGGGGAGAUGCCCGCCGGCGUGCCGGGCGGGAGGCGUCGGCAUGUCGCGCGCGGGACGGGCACGCCGUCGCGCUUCCCGGAGUACGACGAUGCGGACGCGGACGCGGGCUCUGCGGCGCGGGCGGGCACGCCGGAACCGAUCCGGGUGGUGCGCGCGAAGAAGAAGGGCGGGAAGGAUAAGGAGAAGAAGAGACGGACUAAGACUUGGAGGGUUGGAGAUGGUGGUGGUGGAUGGAACCCGACGGCCACUAGCCGCUGA